GAAGAAAGGUUUUUGGUUUUAUGCAUUUAAAGUACUUAUACCGUUACAAGUUGUGGAAAUGUAGCAUUAUUGACAUAAUUAUUGACAUAUACAUUAAUAAUGGUUUUUGUUUAUGAGUAAUAUAUGAAUGAUAGCAAAGAAAAACUUGAGUUGGAGAUCCACAUGACAUGAAGAUGGCGUUCGUUAAAGAGAAGAGUGAAGAAGUGAAACAUGAAGAUACUGAGACACAAACAGUGGUUUGAAAUCGCUGGCAUACGGCCUCUUGGGUGGUCCUUGGCCAAUGAAAGCUGCUAUGAAGUCCAGACCUUCUAAAUCCUUUAAAUUGUGCGCUCCCUGCCCCCCGAGCUCUUGACGAUAAUACAGUGCAUUUACAAAGUUCACACAGCUAAUAUAACCCUCAAAUGGAUCUUUACAAGAUGUUCGUCAUGCAUGCUGCAUGCAUGUGUCGGAUCAUACCUGAUGCAGCUGAAAGAGGAGAGUCAAGAACUGAAGGAAAUUGAAGUGCAAAUUCAGAAUGACAAAGAUCAGGAUUUCAUAAAUGGAAAAAAAUAUUUUAGUUGCUCCAAGACAAAAAAGACUUCCUCACAAAAAAGAGCUCAAAAGGCAAAAACUAGAUGCCAUAUAAUUUGCCAACAGUGUGGUAAAAGUUUUACUCAUCGAGGAAACCUUAAUGUCCACAUGAAACUUCAUAAUGGAGAGAAGCCUUUCAGCUGCCAACAGUGUGGAAGGAGUUUCACUCAAAGAGGAAACUUUAACGUUCAUAUGAAAAUUCACACUGGAGGAAACACUUUCAUCUGCAAUGAGUGUGGGAAGAGCUUCUCACGAAAAGGAGGUCUUAAGACUCACAUAAGUGUUCACACCAGAGAGAACCCAUUCACAUGUGAUCAGUGUGGAAGAAAUAUGAGAAAUAAAGCAAACCUUAUUAAGCACAUGAAGAUUCACUCAAGAGAGAACAGUUUUAUGUGUCAUCACUGUGGGAUGAGGUUCACAGACAGCAAUCACCUUAAGGAUCAUGUGAUAACUCAUACCGGAGAGAAGCGCUUCAUGUGUAAUCACUGUGGAAUGGACUGUAAAAACAAUGCAAACCUUCAGGUUCACAUAAGAACUCACACGGGAGAGAAGCCUUACAUCUGCCCUCAGUGUGAUCGGAGUUUUGCAUUUAAAGGAAACCUAAGGAUUCACAUAAGAGUUCACACAGGAGAGCAGCCUUUUACCUGCCCUCAGUGUGGAAUGAGUUUUACAUAUAAAAGAAACUUGAAACAUCAUAUGCAAACUCAUUCUGACGAGAAACUGAAAUGAUCUGUGGAAUAUUUAUUCAAAAGCAAAAUGUCAAAGUCUAAUAUGAGCAGAUAAAUGCUCCUCUGCUGCUGGUUAUAGUGGUAAUGUUUUUUAUUUUUAAAUGAAAGUGCUUUUUAUUUCCUACAUCUUGAAAUGUUCAGUUUUGCAAAUUGGGACAAUCUCCGAUGGAUGGACAAAUAAUGUUUUUUUUUUUUUUGUCAUCACAUCAAAAAUAACAUUUGAAGUGCUGGAAAAAUGUUGUGUGUGCUUGUUUCUUAUUCAAACUUUCCCAUUAACUUUGUCUUUAUUGCAAUCAAUAAAACUGGGGCCGUAUUCACAAAACAUCUUAAGGCUAAAA